AUAAUAUGAUUUCCUUGAGAAUUCCCUUGAACUUUGAUCAUUGGUCCGAUUCUUUAUAACAUCAUGCUACGUUGCCCUUAUUCUAUAUUGGUGGCUGCUCUGAAGAUUGUUUUUUUUUUUCUUCUUUUUUACUCAAAUAACAAAUUAUAGAUUUUUUUCCCUACAUAGUUCCAACUAUGUAACAUAUAGGGUGGUUAAUUGAUCAGUUCGAUUAGCAACUGAAUUGAACUGAUUAGUCAGUUAACUGAGUAAAGAAUUAGCCAAAAUCCUUAAUGCGUUUGAGGCAAAGGAAGAUAUCUUCACAGAAAUAGUCCUUUGAAUUUUAGGACGUCUCAGGGACUAUAGGUUGACAUUCCUUUAAAGGCAGUAGAGGAGGCAAAUGCUUUAAUUCGACAUUCGACAAGUAUGUGUUGGUAUAGAUAAGCGCAUAUGAGUGGUUCAAACUCUCAGCCAAGGCAACAACAACAAUAAGCUAACUCCUAUUAACAGAAUCCCUUCCAUCCCUCAACUCUCACUGCAAAUAUGUCACAUGCCUUGGAGCUCAUAGCUUCCACUCACCCCCUUCCCUCAAUUCACCUACUGAGUGUGGAAUUGAUGGAUACUCCAUCGCCUCAUGAUAUUGAGAUUCGCGCUACUCAUCACAUUUCCAGUGAUAUCUCAUAUAUGAAUUCUAGCCUAGGAUACCAUGGAGGUAAUAAACUCCAACUUGGAAAUGGUAUACCAUGGAGUUUACGGACUCAUUCUCAAGGGCACUCUUAAACAAGUUAUGGAGCGUUCGACUUUCAGCAAAGGGUCCGGCGAGAGUGGCGGCGAUCAACGUGACCUUCGAUUCUGGUACGAGUGUUGCAAUUGCAGUCGACUUACUUCCCUUCGUAUCGUCAAAAGUCAUGGCAACCCUACAAGGGGAAACUCUACUUUGUUUGUGAGAAAAAAAGAGUGCACUUUUUUCAAGUGGUGCUCACCAAUCGAACCAAUUGAAGAAGACGAUGGUGUGGAAUCAUUGCCGACGCUGGACGAGACGGAUGGGGACAGUUUAGGCUUGAUUUUGGCAUCGAUCGAUGACAAUAAUCGAGCCAUACAGAAAUUAGCUAGUGUUGUGAAGUAUGGAUUUAGUUUUUUUGUUAUUGUGAUGUUGGCUUGUAUUUUGAUGUUGAAGUAAUGUAUGUAUUUUGGCAUUAAUGUGGAGUGAAAUCAUGAUGUAAAAGCUUUAUUUGGCAUGAUGGAUUUAGUAAUGUUUGAAUUUCUUUGCA